CUCUCUUCCAAUUCUACGAUUCUUUCAGAUUGACAUCAGAGGGGAUGCUUUGGGGAUCCUAGCACCACAUCCGUUGGCGCCGCUCGUUUCUCUCCACCAUCUUGACUCUGUCAACUCCUUGUUCCCGAACCAGACUCAGCUCGAGCCCGUUAGCACCCUGAUGAAAGCCUACAAGGCCGAUCCUCCCAGAAUGCUGCAGCAAUGCUUUUGCUAUCACCGCAAAUACAAAUGGUCCAUCUCAGUCUCGUGGGGCUAUGCAGUGCAAAUAUUUCCCGGUACGCUCACAGCCAAGGAGUUGGAAACGCCUCAACAGACUUUCAAAACAUGGAGGUCUUGGAGCGACGGGCACUUCACUUUCAACACGCGGCCUGUGAGCAGUGACCACUGCCAACGGCCUCUUGUCUUCUUUCUGAACUCUGCUGAGGUGGAGGAAACUGGGAAAACUGUCACGACAUACAGAAAGGUUGAGCCUCAGCCGGUGAAUAAAUGUAACAAGGACUACGCUCGUGCUGUGGCCAUUGAAAACGUCGUGGUCUUGGCAUCCAAAAUGGAGCAGCAGGAGUGGGAUCAGAGCCCAAGGAGGCAGUGUUGCGACAUUGAUGGAAAUUUAGGACAUCGAACGAUAAGAAUUAGGAUUAGAAGAUGUAAACAUUCGGAGACUAUAAUAACGAUAUGA